GCCCCUCAUCCCCGCUCAUUGAGAGAAGCUGCCGCUGAUCACACUCCAGCCUCGGCACUCCAAGAACUAGGAAGACGGCUGCCCAGACUGGAGCUGGCAGCAGAGCUGUGCCAUGCAGUGACCAUGCCACACUGACACCCACCUCGGGCACCCGAGAAGUGCCAUCAUGAUAGCCCCUCUAGUGGCCAUGGGGGCCACCCUGGGCACUCUGACUGGCUUCAUCGCUCUGUGCGGACUGAUGUGUCUUUGCAAAUAUAUUCAUAAAAGGAAGAUGCCACCUGACAGUGGGGAUGGCACACCUGUGACCAUGGCCAGUGUGCUCCAACCUGGGCAAGUGAUGAAUGUCUACAGAUGCACGGAGCCGGUUCAGCCACAGACGAAGCUUCGCUUUCUUCACAUCAUUUCUACUGCGCAAACGUCCCCGGAGAUCAUUAAUUGCAAAGACCAAGCUUUGAAGGUCGCCCAAAACGAGCAGAAAGAAGACAACAACAAACCUGUGGAAACUAUCUCAGGAGGUUUGGACUCAGACCAGAUACCAAAUCUCUCUCCUGCUGGUGAGGACCCUGAGAAGACAACCUCUUCUUUACAUCAUGCACCAAAACUGCGCUACUCCCUGGGGUAUGACCGGCAGGCGGCAGAGUUAUGUGUGUCCUUCCUUGAAGUUGUAGGAGCAGUGCUUCCAGGAGAGGAGGAUGGUGGCAGUCACUGUUACGUCCUGGGCACACUAAAUACUCAUCAUGGCCAGACGGAGGCACAAACAGCACUUAUAAAGAGAAAGGCCCACACGGUGUGGGAAGAAGCUCUGCUGUUCUCUUUGAAGGAGGAGGACAGAGCGGAGGCCACGCUGACCCUCACCCUUAGGAACUGCGACCGCUUCUCUCGACAUCAGGUGGCUGGAGAAAUCACCCUGAGCCUGGCUCACGUUGGCAUUCCGUUUGGCACAGCAAGAUGGGUGGACCUCAGGGCACCAGAAAAGGAUGCAGACUCGUCUGGAGAAGUCCUCAUGUCCAUGAGUUAUCUCCCAGCGGCCAAUCGCCUCAUCGUGGUGCUAAUCAAAGCCCGGAAUAUCCACUCCGAUAAGGACAACGACCUCGUGGGCAAAGAUCUGUUCUUCAAGGUCAUCCUCUGGCAUCAGGCACAAAGGCUCAAGAGGAAACAAAGCAAAAAGGCAAAACAAAAAAUCAAUCCCGUCUGGAAUGAGAUGAUCAUGUUUGAGGUGCCACCAGAACUCCUAGGAGAAGUCAGCAUGAAGAUGGAGUUGCUGAGUCAGGAAUCUGGAGGACCUAGUCGUGCAAUAGGCUCGUGUUAUCUGGGGUCAGAUCAGACUGGCAUAGGAAAGAGUCACUGGCAAGAAAUGAUAAAUAAUCCCAGGAGACAAAUAGCAAUGUGGCACCAUUUGCUCCCAUGAGAGUCCCUGUCCUGAUCUCAUCAUCUCUGAGGCUCUCAUCACUGCCAAGAAUAUGGGAAAAGAACAUGGAGCCAAAAAUGAUGAAAACAAAGCAACAAAGUGGUUUACUGUGUUUAAAAGUGUAACAAUGUAUCAUUUUUAGGAGGGACGGCUCCAGGUGUAUAUGGGCAACACAGUAGACCAUGUUUACUCAUAUUGCCAUGGGUCGCUGAAGCUCCGCCACUUGCCUAGGUUUCCUUAGUGCUGACACUGGUCCAAUUUUUUAUGCUGAACUCAUUGCAAAAGAUUCCACUCGUUCCUCAUGGGAGGAGCUUCAUGACAUCCUCAAAGGUCUAUUUAUGAUUUCUUCACAGGUCAUUUGUGCAUCCUACACUGUGUUUCCCAAACCUAUCGAUGGUAUAUAGCCAUAAGGGCUCAUGCACACAACCGUAUGUAUUUUGCGGUCCACAAAAAAUACGGAUGGCGUCCGUGUGCAAUGCGUAUUUUGCGGGAAUGGAACCACUGGCCCCUAAUA